CAACGCAAAAUGAUCCUCACAACUUGCGCCGCCUGCGCCGCCCCACUGGCCCACACCGCGCCGCGAUGCGUAAGAUGCCACACGAGAUACUGUAACAAGACUUGCCAACAUGACCACUGGCGCCGCGGCCACAAGCAGAUGUGUAAGAAAAUACACCGCGGCGGCAACGCGGAACAAUACCACGCCGACAAAAAAUACAAGGAGGCCGUCGCGGUCGCGGUCGAGGCGUGCGCAGACGACACGAAGGGCCAGACGUGCUACAUCUGCACGCAGGCCCUCCACUGGAAGACGAAGGAGGGUCUCGUACGCGGGUGCUCGUGUCGCGGGACGGCGGGUUUCGCGCACGUGUCGUGCUUGGCGGAGCAGGCGAAGAUUUUGUGCGACGAGGCCGAGGAGAACAACUUGAUGAACACUGAUAGAGGUUGUGAGAGGUGGAGGCGGUGGGACACGUGUAACCUGUGCAAGCAAAGAUACCAUGGUGUCGUGAAGUACGCGCUCGGGUGGGCGUGCUGGAAGACGUACCUGGGCCGUCCGGAGGGCGACCGGUUUCGAAUCUGGGCAAUGGGCACGCUUGGGCAAUCCAUGCGGAUGGUUGGUCAUGUCCGGGAGGCCACUGUCGUCCUGGAGGCUUUGUUAGCUCUGAUUGACCGCCAACCCGAAAAAGAAAAACAUACACAUACCGUCCUUAACGUUCAAAACACUCUUGCAUCGCUCUAUGGUCAGCAGGGGCGGCAUGAAGAAGAGCUCUCCCUUCGCCGCAAAAACUAUCCAUUACUCAAGUUGAUCGAGGGCGCAAACAGUCAAAAUGCGCUCAUCAGCGCCAAUAAUCUCGGGUUGUGCCUACACCAGCGGGGAAGGCACGCCGCAGCAAGGGAAGCAUUGCGCGAACCUCUGGCAGACGCGCGACGCACGUUCGGAGAGGACCACUCUAUCACGCUCAAUCUUCGCGAGACUACCGCAGAUGCUACUUCAGGGCUCGGCGGCGAGGCUAAUCUGCGCGAGACCAUCGCAAUAUAUGAGGACCUCGUGACGCGGUCGCGGCGGGUGCUCGGGACUUCGCAUCCCACGACACAGCAACGCGAACAAUGUUUGCGGGAAUUUCGAGCGUUCCUCACGGGAGGGGUCGCGGCAGUGUUGGCCGAGCGCCGCGCCCGCGGUGGUGGUGGUGGCGCGUAGUCGCUUAAAAUAUGUCUG